AUGCAGACUAAGUCGACGAGUAUAAACAUGGCCGUCGAGCUUUGUGAUGAUUACUUGUGUCAGUCUGAGGUCGAGAAAACCCAGCCAAAAUGGAAAUAAUGGACAGAACGCAUGCACCCGAGAUAACCAGCUUCGAUAAUUUCGUCGGAAAUGGAUGAAAAGAUUUUCGGGCAUUGAGAUAUCCAUUUAAAAGGCGCUUCCGAAUCAAUGCAGUGCACUUUCUAGGCUGUUGUCUGGGUGAGCAAUGAAUGUAUUCCGAAUUUUGACUCCAUGUGUAUUGCAACGCAGACGACCAAAGGAGGUAGAUAAUUCCGAUAAAAGGGAUUGCUGGUUUGUUAAAAGACGGCGGGGAGAUGCUUCUUACAUGAUACAUAGAAUGGGUGCUUCUGCAUCGUCAAGCAUCACCAGUGUAGGUGGAGAUUCAGUCCAAGCAGCUAGACUCUCAUCUUCUGGUAAUCCUGAUCAACAUGGCAUUGCUAUCAGUGUCCUUUCUAUUUUUAGGGAGAAGAAGAAGAAAAUGACGGGGUUUGCGACAUUAAGGAAGAAGUUCAUUCGAAGACGCAGGUCCUCGAAGGCCUGUGAUCAUGGUAGAAUAAUCAGAGAUUUAGUGUCGACAUGGAGUCACCUGGAGGCAACGGCUCUACUGGAAGAGUACGAGGCGUUGGCUGCAUUAAAGGAUCUCCAUGUGCAAGCCGAACUAGCCAGACCACCAGCUGCAACGUACAAGCAAGACUUGUCGAUACUUUAUGAUUAUAAACACUGCUCCGAUGUAGAUCUCGUUUACCGAGGAGCGUGUUUUCCCGUUCAUAGGGCUCUGUUGUCUGCGCGUUGUUCAUACUUCAGGGACUUGUUAGCUGGAUGUCCAGGAUACGGCGCAAGGAUAUGUUUGGAGCUGAGAACACCGAAUCUCGAGGUUCAAAUGUUUUCGGCGCUGUUGCGCUACCUCUACACCGGUGAUAUUUGUCCACACGAUGCGGCCCUAGAAGCGAAUCUUCUGCGACGAUUAGGAGAAGAAUUCGGCACACCGAACCCGUUAGAACACGAUCUCAGAUACUUGCUGGAUACCGGUGAUUACGCGGACGCAGCAUUAGUGUUCACGUCAGACAGUGAUUAUCAGAGACCAGACAGUGGAAGUUCAGAAUACGGAUUCCGGCCAAAGUUAGAACUGCCAUGUCAUAAAGCGAUACUUUCUGCGAGAUCCCCGUUCUUCAGGAACUUAAUACAAAGACGGACUAGAUCGGGGGAAGAUCACACAGAAAGGGCGCUUCACAUACCUACUAGAAUAGUUUUGGACGAGAGUGUGAUACCUAAACGAUACGCCAGAGUAUUAUUACAUGCAGUGUAUUUAGAUACGGUUGAUUUAUCGUUAAUAAUGAGAGGUAAUGGUUGCGGAAACAGCGCCGGUAGUCUUGGGGAGGUUCAAGCUCUCACUCAUACUGGACGCGUUCGACCAAGCCCCUUGGAGGAAGCGAUGGAAUUGUACCAAAUUGGCAGAUUUUUGGAGUUAGAUAUACUGUCACAGGGUUGUGAAGAUCUUAUUUUAGAGUACCUUACAUUGGAAUCGCUUCCAGCUGUAUUGAAAUGGGGUAGCCAACCUCAUGGAUCUGCAUGGGUGCACAGACAAGCGUUGCAUUACUUGAGAGAGGAAUUCCAGCCAGUCGCUUCUUCUUCUAUUCUUCAUCAAUUGGAUCACACGCAUCUGGCGAAUGUUUUGCAAAGUCAUUUUUUGCAAGCGAGCGAACUUGAAAUACUGCAGGCGGUACUCAAGUGGGGGGAACAAGAAUUGGUGCGCCGUAUGGAAGACAGAGAGCCUAAUUUACUCAGUCAUACGGUACAUUCUGUGACAAGAAAGGGGCUGAAGAAAAGGGACCUAAGCGAUAUAGAAUUACGAGAGAUACUCAGUGAACUAUUGCCUCUUGUUAGAAUGGAUCACAUAUUACCGCCUAACAGUGAAGCACUCGCUCAGGCUAUUAGAAGAGGGUUGGUAUCGACUCCACCGAGUCACAUGAUAGGGGAUGAAAGGGAGAAUCUACGUAUGAACGCUUGGAUAAGGGGAGGAAAGAAGAAUGGAUUUUUUGUAAGGCCACGACUAUUUAUGCCGUACUACGAAGAAAUAAAGUCUUUAGUUGAGGAACAAAUGGUCCAAGAAGCAGAUUUAGUGAGAUUACGAAGGCCACGGUACGUUGCCGAUAUUCCUGAUGCCUUGUACAUGGUUGACGAGAAACCGAGACCAAUAGGCACAGCUGGUGUGGAUGUGCUUGCCGCUGCGUUUCCAGUUCCAGAUUCCGUAACUCUGGCAGCUAUGAUGAAACGAGAACAGAAGUUGAGGCAGUCCCCUAGUUGUCAGAGGGCUAUCAGUUUACCACUUUCGUCGCGUCACGAAAUCAACAGGCAGGUGCGGCUACGUGUCGUGAGGGAGUUCAACUUACCUGAUACUGUGGCGGAUCUUUUAGAGAACACAGCCACGUACAACGUCAAGGAGCAGAACGAGAGACUGACGGACAUCGAGGACAUGGAUUCGCCGGGAAUCGGGAUCAACGUGAGAACGGCACCGCCGUUGUGCUACGGAAGGAACAUGACGUUCCCGCGGCCUGCCUCAUCCUGCGCCCACAGACACGAGCUUCCGGCCAUAGUCACCGAGGGUGAAAGCUGCAGGCUUCUCGCAGAGCAACAAGAGAGUAAUUCCUGUAGCGACGGACAGUUGUCAGGCGUGAUGCCGGAUGUGGCGAUGGCGACAGCCUCGUUCGGAGCUUUGCAGUUAAUAGAGGAGCAGGAGCUGGAGCUGGACCUUGGCGAUGGGACCUCCCAUCUUCUCCAGCAUGUGUCGCCAUCCAGUGGGACCAUGGGCUCGCACAGGUCCUCGCUCCCCCAUCAGCAUCAGAGGCACUUCUCCGGGCCGCCUCCACCACCGUACAUGUACCACCGUGCUGGCACUGCCUUACCAAGAUAUAUUUAAGAUUUCUAUCGAACCUUAAGAACAAUG